CUCACUCGCUCGAGACCACACUUCGGCAUCUUUAUUUUACGCAACACUUAACUGACAUCGGUGUCGCGAUAUAAACACCUCCAGCUGACUGACAGACUGCUGUUGUUCCUCGGAGAACUGGUCGCUUUCUCAACUUCAUCCACAGUGUUUUUGGAGAGGUUCAGUAACAGGUGCGGGACAGGAGCUUUUCUCAAGUUUCUUGUUAUUAGGUGUCAAAAAAAUAUGGCAAACUCAGGCGUUCAGUUGCUUGGAUUUGGUCUCUCUCUGACUGGCAUCAUUGGACUGAUCGUGGGCACCAUCCUGCCGCAGUGGAAGAUGUCUGCGUACGUGGGGGACAGUAUUAUCACGGCUGUGGCCACUUACCAGGGACUGUGGAUGUCCUGCGCGUUUCAGAGCACCGGACAGCUGCAGUGCAAAAUCUACGACUCUAUUCUACAAUUAGACAGUGAUCUUCAAGCGACCCGCGCUUUGAUGAUCGUGGGUAUCAUUGUGUCCAUUUGCGGUCUUGGUGUGGCCUGCAUGGGCAUGAAGUGCACCACUUGUGGAGCUGAUGACAAAGUUGGCAAGGCUCGCACGGCCAUGACAGGAGGCAUCAUACUGCUAGUGGGAGCCCUCUGUGCAAUUGUUGCCUGUUCGUGGUUUGCCCACAAUGUGAUUCGAGCUUUCUACAACCCCUUCACUCCAGUCAACACCAAGUUUGAGUUUGGAGCAGCCAUUUUCAUUGCUUGGGGUGGGUCAUUUCUCGAUGUGCUCGGUGGAGCCAUGUUGGCUGCCUCUUGCACUCGAAGUAAACAAGUGUCAAAAUAUCCUAAAAGUAACUCUGCAAGGUCUGCAAGCGGCAACAACAAAGAGAAUGCGUGACCAAGACUGGCCCCUACUGGACUGACACUGAA